AUGUGGCCGGAACCGCUGCUCCCCGUGCGCAGCCCGUCCGUGGGCGGAGGCCCCUUUGGCGCGGCCGUUGCGGGGAGGAGGGCCGCGGGGGCGUUGGCAGCAGCCCAGCAGGAGGCCAGGCGGGGGGGCGAGGGGUCGGUGGGGGGGCCCGGGGGCCGGCGGAGCGGGAUCCAGCCAGGGAAGCGGGUCCAGCGGAAGGCGGCGCGCGAGCUCGUGCGGAUCGGCGCGCCCGUGUUCGUGGCCCAGUUCUUGGGGUUCCUGAUCAGUGUGGUGAGCUCCAUUUUCUGCGGCCACCUGGGCAAAGCCGAACUGGACGCCGUCACCCUGGCCGUGUCGGUUAUCAACGUGAUCGGCAUCUCCGUCGGCUCCGGCCUGGCAUCCGUGUGCGACACCCUCAUGUCUCAGACAUACGGAAGUAAGAACGUGAAGCGGGUCGGGACCAUCCUGCAGCGAGGCGUCGUCAUCUUGCUCCUCUUCUGCUUCCCGUGCUGGGCCGUCUUCAUCAACACGGAGCGGAUCCUGCUGCUUUGCAAGCAGGACCCCGAGGUCUCCAGAUUAACCCAAGUUUAUGUAAUGAUAUUCAUUCCCGCUCUCCCGGCUGUCUUUAUCUACCAGUUACAGAUCCGAUAUCUGCAGACUCAGGUCAUCCUGCUUCCCCAGGUCGUGACCGGCGUGGUGGCCAACGUCCUGAACGUGGGGAUGAACGCCGUCUUCCUGCACUUGUUGGAGCUGGGUGUGGUUGGAUCUGCCUGGGCCAACACGCUGUCCCAGAACCUGCAGGCCAUCCUGCUCUUCCUUUAUGUGUGGUGUAAGAAGAUCCACAAGGAGACCUGGGGAGGCUGGACCCUGGAGUGCCUCCAGGAGUGGGGCUCCUUCAUCCGCCUGGCCCUUCCCAGCAUGCUGAUGAUCUGCAUCGAGUGGUGGACCUUCGAGAUCGGGGGCUUCAUGGCAGGCAUGGUUAGCGUGGUGGAGCUGGGAGCUCAGUCCAUCAUAUACGAACUGGCGACCAUUGCUUAUCUGCUGCCGCAGGGCAUGAGCGUGGCCUGCAGCGUCCGCAUCGGCAACGCCUUGGGAGCCGGAGACGCGGAGCAAGCCAGGAAGUCCUGCGUGACGGGCCUGCUCUGCACAGGCGCCUUCGCUGUGGUGUUUGCCGGCCUCCUGGGAGCCAUGAGGAACGUGGUGGCGUACAUCUUCACCAGCGACAGGGAGAUCGUUGCCUUGGUCGCCAAAGUGAUGCUCAUCUUCGCCCCCUUCCACCUCUUCGAUGCCAUCGCGGCAACCUGUGGCGGCGUGCUGAGAGGAGCCGGGAAGCAGAAGAUCGGCGCCAUCGCCAAUGCCGUCGGCUACUACGUCAUCGGCCUGCCCAUUGGGAUCUCACUGAUGUUUCAGUUCAAGCUUGGCGUGAUGGGCCUCUGGAGCGGUUUGAUAGUUUGCAUCUCCCUUCAAGCCGUCUCUUUCUUGGUCUUUGUCUUGCGUGCAGACUGGAAGAAGGCUGCUGAAGAGGCGCAGAUCCGUGCUGGUCUCACGAGCAGGCUUCCCGCUCCCGGAGCCGAGGAGGAUGCUGCCAACAAGCCCGUGCCAUUAGCCUAUCUCACCAUGGAGACGGAUGCCCUCAACGGCGGCCCGUUCGUGGCCCAAGGGCUGGAGCAGCAGCUGGUCGCCCCCGAAGAGCCCCCGCCCUUCGCCGUCGCCCCGGGCACAGUCUUGUCCGGGAGGGAGCUGGCCUGGCGCCGUGGGCUCGCCCUGGCCCUGGCCGUCGCCUCCCUGGCCGCCGGCGUCCUGAUCCGCCUCCUCCUGCAGAAGGGAUAGCCGGCCGAGAGGGGCAGCCCCGGAAGAGGACAGGCGAGGCCGCCGGGACGGGACGGGUGCCCCGACGGCUCUCCGCCCUCCGUGGAGGACCGCUCUCCCGCCCAGAGCUGAGCCGCGGGGCUCCUGGCGCCUGAAGACGGCUGGUUCCCCAUGCGGCCUUGCCCCGGUGCCACGGCACAACCCUUCGGCCGGAGGGGGGCUCAGGGAUGAGCAUGGAACCAGCCUCGCCACCUGGCCAUAAAGCAGGCACUGCCUGCAUCUUGGGGUCAUCUCGCGCUUGGCCUUCCCAAAUUCCUGGACGCUUCCUCGGUGGGGGCAGACGGCUUCCGCCAAAGCCCGUCUGCCUCAGUUUGCUUAAUCCGGGGGUGCAGGUGCUCCCAUCCGUGGGGGGGGGGCCAGUCUGGCCCAAGCAGCACCUUGGGAUUCCUCCGGGGGGCACGGCACAGCCUGCCUCCCAGCCUCCGGAUUAUUUGUAAUAUUCCCCAGCGGGGUGUGGAGGUGCCACUGCCGGAACUGAACGCAGCCGCCCAGCCCCCGUUUGGCGUGAGCCGCUCUUCCUCCACACCCCAUUUCCACCCUUCUGUCUUUUGCUACGGUUUGGGUUUUUUAAACAAAUGAAACGUUUUCUGCUUUAUUUUAA